UAAUCGACACACACUUGAAGAGUAUUCCAGGAAAACCGAGAGAAGCCGAGGCAAGACUACCGCAGCCAGAAGUAGAUAGUUGCAGAGGGUGAGAGAGAGAAGGAUCGACCAAAAUGUCGUCGUUUCUGCAGAAAAUCGUAGAUCCGAAGAAGAAUCCUUUGGCAAAAAUGCACAUGAAGGCCGUAUCCACGCGUCUCCGCCACUACGGGCUUAGAUACGACGAUCUGUACGAUCCGUACUACGAUCUGGAUAUUAAGGAGGCGUUGAAUCGGCUGCCCAGAGAGAUUGUGGAUGCUCGUAAUCAGCGCCUCAAGCGCGCCAUGGACCUCUCCAUGAAGCACAAGUACCUUCCAGAGGAUCUUCAGGCGAAACAAACCCCUUUCAGGAGCUACCUUCAGGAUAUGCUGGCUCUUGUGAAGCGGGAAAGAGAAGAACGUGAGGCUUUGGGUGCCUUGCCCCUCUAUCAGCGCACCCUUCCCUGAGUAUAUAUGCUUCUCCUGUCGCUUAUGCUGGUGGGUGAAUCUUAGAUCGAAUUAUAUGUUUGUGAUUGUUACAGAAUUUUUCUGCUGUUGACGGAAGAUGGGAUAUGCCUUUCAUAGCACUUCUCUAAUAAAUAUGUGACAAUAUGUUGCCAAUUUGCUGCAAUAAGCCAGUUUGUCUCCUACUAU